AUGAAUCUUCCAAAAGGCCUAGACAACGCAAAGAUCCUGCGACACAGACGUAGUUCUUCAGUGAGCAGACUCUGUCCAGCAGGUUGUGCAUCAUGCUCGGCCCUGAAUGGAUGUCUGUCCUGUAAACCUCGCCUCUUCUUCCACCUGGAGCUGGAUGGGAUAAGGCAGAAGGGCACCUGCCUGUCGUCCUGUCCCCAGGGUCACUACGGCAUGCGCUCGCCACAGAUCAACACCUGUACCAAGUGCCCUGUGGGCUGUGAGGUGUGUGUGAGGAGGAACGUGUGUGUGAAGUGCAGAGCAGAUUUCUACUUCCUCCAUGGGCAGUGCCACCCUACUUGCCCAAGUGGAUCUGAGCCUGACGUACAGCUCAUGCAGUGCAUCCCCCAAGUGCACUGCGAGGUCGGGGAAUGGACAGAGUGGGGUCCAUGUAUUCGGAAAAGGAGAAUGCAGGCCUACAGGAGGGGAGAGGAGACACGUACCCGACAAGUUCUGCAGUCCCCUAGUGUCUUCGGUGACCCCUGCCCACAUGUGUCAGAGUUCAGGAGGUGUGUCAUCAAAAUGAGACAGAGUCCAAGUAGGUUGUAA